GUGCCAAAAUGAAGCUUGGAAGUUGAAGUGGGAACAAAUCCCGGCGCAGCACACGAAAACUCCGCUGAGGCUGCUACGAUUGAACCCACAAUUCUUCAAGCGCUCUGCCCCACGAACCAUGCCGAACACAUCGCCGCCCUCGUCCACCUCCUCGUCGUGCGUAUCUUUCGGCUCGUUCGAGGAAGUCUCCGCCGCCAAGCAACCCGGCCCAACUUUGACCAACGGCGUCAAGUUCCUCUGCAGCUACGGCGGCAAGAUCCUCCCCCGGCGCCACGACGGCCAGCUGCGCUACGUCGGUGGCCACACCCGCGUCCUCUCCGUCCAACACCCCCUCCGCUUCUAUGAUUUGCACCGGAAGCUGCGGGAGCUGUGCGGGUGGGACGCGGUGAGCGUGCGGUGCCAGCUGCCCACGGAGGACCUGGACGCGCUGAUCUCCGUAACGAGCGACGACGACCUCGCCAACCUAUUGCAGGAGUACGACCUUGCGGCGGCUAGCCAGGAACGGCCUCAGCAGCUCAGGAUCCGCGCCUUCCUGCUCCCGCCGGCGGGGACCAGGACGCCACGUACGCCGUCCUCUCCGCCGCUCGCCAGCCGCCGCCGCCCAGGCCACCUCCUUAUGCACGCCACCCGUGCUGGGUCGCCGCGCGCUGUGCGUUUCAUCGUGUAGUCGCUGCGCCAGCCCGGCUCUCCGGCCGGAUCAGAGCCCUCGCGGUCCCCACGGCCAUGCGCACCAUCGGAAGCAGCAGCGCGUGGUCCACAGUGGAAGAGGUGGAUAUCGAUGUGUUCCCGUAUAAGAUGUAAUUGACUACUAACUGUGUACACGGUUUGUGCUUUGUCCGUGCCUCACGUUCCUAAUCUUUGCCAUAUUGAAUAGUAUGUUUGUUUCGAAAAA